GAUGUUGUGCGCGUCGGGAUUAUUUUUCGUGAUAUUUGAGAGUAAUUAUGAGUAAUUAAUGCUAAUUUUAUGUAAUUAAUGAUCCUUAAGAGUUUUUGAAGUCAUUUAUAAUAUAACAUCAGUCGGGGAAAUUGAGAAACUAAAAAAAUACUCCUAAAUUAGUCCGUACCCCUAUUGUCUAUAGCUAUACAUACAAAUACGCCAUUUUAAAUUGAAGGCCUAGAAUAAGUAAGUAACAUUUGAAAAAACUCUGAGUAGUUUUGAGAGUUUUUUACGAAUAAAAAUAAUUAAAAACUUGACAUUUGUCGUGAUGGCUGUUAUGCGGCACAGCGUUUAUUUUUCACCGAGUAUUUAUUUUUCAUUCAUCAUAUUCAAAAUAUUUGCCCAGAAAUUUCGGAUAGCAGAAGAGAACCAGUGGAUUACGAGUAAAAAUGAAUAUCCCAGUAACGGGUCGGAGACGUUUUUCUCGACAUUCAAAUUACCGAAGGGAUUUCGUUUAUCGGCGACACAAUCGAAGCUGUGUGGAUAAUGCCAGGGAAUGUUUUAUACUUGCGACACGACAAUUGGUAGACCCUUGGGAUGAGAGUAGCAGGUAGCAGAUUAGUCGCCUGAGAAACUCACGAGUCAAUUCUUCUCUGUGCUAUCUUAACCGGAUAAAGCCAUCUUGUGAGAAUCGAAGGAAUGUCUUGGAACCGAUGAAGCGGGGAACCCACAAGACAGGCCAAAAAACAAAGAUCCGGUGGAUGGUGCUCAGUGUACUCAGUGUACUCAGUGUGAACAGCCGCUGAUAGAAUCUUCGUCGAUUAGUGACUCGGAGAUUUCUCGAAUCGGGUGGGAUUCGAGUCAGAGUCAAGUCCUUAAUUCCGUGGAACAAUGGCCAGCGCGACUAUGGGCUUGCGUCGUCGUGUACCAGUUAACAAUCCCACCGCGUCCCACCAUCCGGCUCCCAGCAAGCGCUCACGCUCGGAGAACAACAACAAUCCGUCCCACGGUAAUCUGAACUCGUUGGGCGCCAGAGAUGAUCAGCCAGCCGCUAAAAAGUCCCGGAGUGGAUUGGCUGCCAGAACUAAUGCUAAUUCUUCAGCAAACACGACUGAAGGAGGACACGGAAAGAGGAACGGUUCCAAGUCCAGAGGAAAAAGUCCGCUCCAAAGUUCCCAACCUGUCGCUGUCACUGUCGCCAGUCCAGCUUGCACUAAUGUCAAUGUUAAUGUCAACGUCGGUCACGUCAGUGAGGCCGAUAUCAGCGGGGGGUUCAACGUACUGACACCCUCGCCCUGGUCCGUGCCGACAAGUCUUUGUCCGAUGCCUCCAACCAUUCCCUACAUGGCGACUUUCGUUGGAAAUGCGACCAAUCUCAACAAGAACUCGUCUGUGUCCUACCUGGAUAUCUCCAACAUGACCAGCGGUUCGCUGUCUGGAACUGCUCCAGUCUCAGCAGGAGCUCCAGUUUCCUCAUCAGGAUCAGGAGCAGCUUCUUCAGUAGCAGUUGUGUCACCAGCAAAUGGAAAAAUGAAUGGUUUUGGUUCAAAUUGUGGAAAAACUGACAAUAAAAGUGCUCCUAAUAAUGCUAAUGGGUGCAGCAGUAUCCCCUUUCCGGGCGUGGUACCUAGUCCGGGGAUGCCCUAUGUUGGGAAACUCGCUCAGUCGGAACCCUCGCCUGUCAAGUUCCAGAACGAUAGUAUGUACAACGCGUACCAACCCUGGGUGAUUAAAACUUACGGAGAUUUGGCGAAGACCAAAACGAUAACGAUUAAGAAGUAUGGGAGAAUUCUACGUACGCUGCGAGGCGAAGAGGUGAACAGCGCGGAGAACAGCAAGUUCAGAUUUUGGGUCAAGAGCAAGGGGUUCCACAUUGGACAGCCGGAAGGAUACGACGCAAAACCAGCGGACAGGAUAAUCGGGCGUCAUGCUGUCACGAGUCCGGGUCUAGACCCGCCUUUGUAUGUACCCACGCAGUUGCCUCAUAAUAAGGCUCUAAGCGGUGCCGAGGGGACCGUGCCCGGGAGGGUGUACAAGAAAGUAGCGAUUGUCGAGAAUUUUUUCGAUAUCAUCCACGCAGUUCACGUCGAUCUCGAAGGCAGACCAGGGAAGCAUGCCGGUCAGAAACGGACCUACAGAACCAUUACAGAGACAUACGCAUUUCUGCCUCGAGAAGCAGUGACGAGGUUCCUCCUGGGUUGUACGGAAUGUCAACGUCGCCCUAGAUCACCAAGUCCGAGCCCAAACAACCUCGCUAAUCAAUCUCAAUCUGCUGCUGCUGCAGCAGCAGCAGCAGCUGCUAAUAUCGUAGCUACCUCUUCAGAAAUAACACCAGUAUCAAGGACCCCUAGAAGUCCUACUCCAGCGGUGGCCCUUUCAGCAACCCCUGCUCAAAGCAGCCCCCGACCCCGAGAAGCCAGCAAUCCCCCAGAAAGCAAAAGUUUGUUUAACUACAGGCAUCCCAAACAGCAGCAGCAGCAUCUUACUCAGCAGCACGUUGGUCAACAACACCAUCAACAUGUUCAUCGACAUCCAGGUGUUGAAAAAAUGAACCAUUGCGGUAAUAAUAAUACUAGCAGUAAUAUUGCUAGUAUUCCAACUAAUACUAGUAUUAUUCCUAAUAAUAAUAACAAUAAUAACAAAGAAAAAGAAGUAGACCCUCAAAAUCAAAAUCAACAUCAGCAUCAUCACCACCAUCACCACCAUCAUCACCAUCAUCAAGAAAAAGACACUAUUAGUAGCAAAUCCGCUAAAAAAGAAAAACCACAGUUAGUUCCUAAAGAAAACAAAGAAAAGGAAAAGGAAAAGGAAGAAAAGUACAAUCCUCUGAGCAUCAGCAACCUGAUAAAGAAAGAACCAACAAAUUUCACCCCAACAACCACGGAAAAUUUGAGCCCAACAGUUUCAACAACAGCAACGACUCCAAACACGGAAAACGCUUUAGAAUCAAGAAGAACGCCAGAAUCUGACCGUGGAAGCUCGCGGAGUUCAGCCUCCUCCAAAAGAAAGCGAAUGCUUCCAGAAGGCAGGACACCUUCACCACUUCCAGGCCCAAUUGCGAGGCCCUGGAGCCCUGGAAUCGACCUGUCGAAGGACACUCCAGUGGACUACAGUCUUCCGAUCACGACAACGUACCUGAAGCACCAGCAGAAAAUGAUCGCGGAGAAGAACAAGGCGACCAUGGCGGCGAUCGCGCUCGAGGAAGUCCAAAGGAAGUGCAGGGAGGAGGAGGAGCUUCUCAAGAGCAAUACUGUUGGUGGAGUUGGAGUUGGUGAGAGCAUUUCCUUGGAGAGGGAUCAAUAUUCACCUGCCGGACUGAUCGAUACCAACCUCAGUCUGCUCGCUACCAUCCAACACUUGCACUGUCAGGUCAUGAUGGCUUUGACUGAGAGACUAAGACCCUCGGGGCUGCCCACGUCUUUGAUGCUACCACCACCACCCACUAUCCUUCCGAUCCACCAUCAUCACCACCACCAUCUCCCUCACGGCUUCAUACGUGAUAUGUCGAUACCCGCCGCUUUGGCUUACAAUCAUUCUUGAUUCUAUUACCAUAGGUUAUAAAUUAUUAGAGAGGAUAUUUAUUGUUGGUAAUUUCACUAGUCUGUUACGCUGAGAAAAAAAAAACAAUUUUUUUAAUAAAUUGGUAAGUUUUUUUACUUUGAUCAGGUGGUGAUGAUUUUUUUGGAUAAUCAAUUGUCUCUUUAAUUUUUGAUGGUUAAAUUUUGGAUUUAAGGGGAAGUCCAUGUAAAAGCCUCAAAUUCAUUUUUUAAAAAUAUUUUUAAAGGUGAUAAAAUAAUUUUAUUGUUUUUAAAAUUUAACACUUUUUUUUUCCUUUAAAAAUGGCGGCUCAGGAUAAUUUUUUGUUUACUGCCUGCGAUGCCAGGUCCCAAACUGCUCUAUUUAUCACUCAUUAACCAUUGAUUUGAAAGGAAAAAAAUUAGUUUUUUUUUUUUUUUGAACAUAUUAACGGAAAGGAUAAACCUUUAAAAUAAAAAAAAAAAAGCAUAAAAUUCAAUAUAAAAUAAUCCUUUGAAAAAAAAAGUCAGAUUUUGGGGCUAUUUUUUUUUUGACAUUUUUGACCUCAAAAAAGUAUUUUCAGGGUGACGACUGAACACUAAUUUUAAAAUUCCCUAACUUUUUUCUGACCAAAAAUAAAAUUCCAGAACCUACAAAAAAAUAAUUGUUAUUCAAAAAUUCGUUAUAAUUGCAAAUUAUUUUAAAAAUAAUUUUUGUAUGCUAGAAUUUAUAUCUAAUACCCAGAAUUGAGUAAAAAUUUGGAACUAUAAAUUAUGUUAUACUUUUUUGCAGAUUUUCAACUAUUCAAAAA